AUGGAGUUUGAAGCACCUGAGCUUCCAGAUUCCACGGUCAUGAACGCCUCAUUUGUCGGUAGACAGAAGAAAUGCCAUGAUUCGCUGUUUCCUGACCGUAGGGAUUCGCUACAUAAUAGAGACUUGGGAAUGUACGCAAAAGCGAACAGAAGAAGAAGAGAUAGAAAAGUUAGGGAGUGCAGGCCUAGAAUAAGAAUUUCAGGAACAAGAAAAUACGAUCUUGGGCAAUACGAUGUCCCGAUCUCCGAUCGGACACAUUUACCUGUGAAACUGCAGUUCUAUGUACUGAUGGACACCCAACUGCUCCUCGAAGCAGCAUGUUUUAAAUGGCUAAAGCAACAUCAUCCCGGUAUUCUAGCAUCCUGCCAUUGGACGCACGAGCUUGAUACAGAAUUGCACCUCUUCCACAGACAAUUGAACGGCCAUAAGAUUAAAGAAAACACGUUGAGACUUACUGCCAAUCAACGAACGAAUAAUUUUCUCGGCUUACUAGACAAAGUAGACCAGAUCCGCCACAGCGCCGUACACCGCACAUGA